CUUUCAAUAGCCACCAACUAAUCAGAAUCUUACUUUAAAAUCCAGUCAAGUCUUUGUCUUCUCCAUGUCCAGGUCUCUAAAUCAUCUCAAAGAUGACUUUGAAUCAGCUCAUAUUACUGAUUUUUGGAGUUAACGCUUAUUCCACCUACUUUGGCCGAGUCUGGCUAUUGAUAUAUGUGUAUAGAGUUGUGAUCUACAUUAUAUCUGCCCAGUACGUGUGGAUCGGUUAUUUUGAGUGCAACACUGCCCAGCCAGGUUGUGGCAAAGUCUGCUAUGAUCACCACUUCCCCAUCUCCCCCAGCCUGUUAUGGGCCCUGCAGCUUGUUGCCAUCACCUGUCCCUCUCUGCUGGUACGGUGCUACAUGAAGGAACGCAUACAGAAAAAACGAAGGAACACCAACAGCCACAGGGGGGCGCACCCGAAUGAGAAGAAGAAGCAGCACAGCUUGUGGUGCAUGAACCUGAUCAGCCUGGUUCUGAGGGCUGCUUUGGACGUGGGCUUCCUUUACCUCCUCUAUCACAUCUACGAUGGCUACGUCAUACCCAGGCUCGCCAAGUGUGCGCUGUGGCCAUGUCCAAACGUCGUGGACUGUUACAUUUCACAUCCCACUGCAAAGACGAUCUUCUCACUCUUAAUGGUGGUGAUGGCGUGCGUCUGCAUUGUCUUGUGCUUCUGUGAGAUUAUCUACCUGAUCAGUCUGAAGAUCAUCAGGUGGAACAAGAAGGAAAACCAGCAGACGUAUGCUGACAGUCAUGAGCUCGGCGAGCUGGUACUGCCCAGGACCGACCCGACCGCUUCCAAAGCCCUGUCCAGAACCUCGUCCAGAACCUCGGUCCAAAACCCCCACAGCCCGACCAUCUCUGAAACAAAACAGCCAUUUGUAUAGGCCACACACACACACACACACACACACACACACACACACACACACUGUAGUGGUUAAGGAGCUGGGCUAGUGUGCAGUAGCCUGAAAGUUGUCGGUUCAACUUAACUGUCGAGGCCCAAUUGCAAACCUACCACCGCAUAUGUAUGUAUAACACUGUUUUAGUAAAUAUGAUACAUGUUAAAUUGUUGUAACAAUAACAUUGCAACUUGUAAAUGAUUACACAAACAGCUUAAGUAAAAUACAAGCUAAUUAAUUCACAGCUAAUUUCUUAAGAGAUACUGCUAUGUAGGUAGCUUAGCUUGAUGUAUUCAUAAAUGGUGUAUUAUUAGUUUAAAGGGACAUUGUGUAAGAUUUCCUAUUGUUUGUUACCAAAAUCAACAUUUCCCAUUCAUAAAUGUGGCCUCAUUCAUGUUUAAUUGCCACUACCACCAAUUAGAAGCAUUCCUAUUAGCUCAGAAGUCCUCAUUUAAAUAUUCAUACUUUGGGUCGACCCUGCAUUUACAUGCGCCAUUUUAAAAUACUGGUGGCCAGCUAGGGACAUACUGUAUGCGAUAUACAGCUCCGUUUUUGACGUCUGAAUACAGAGACCAUACCUCGGAUCCAUCCGCUGAAUUUCCUACAUUCAGCAAUGUAAGUUAUGAACCAAUUUUCUAUAAGCCAUAUGUCUAUCUAACAUUCCAACACUGAAAUUGUGUUUUUCCAACAAAACAAAUAAAAUAACUUUGUUUGUGAUUGGUCACUGUCUCAGCAAUGCCCUUUGGUUUAGUGCACAGCCACGUAAAAGGCUUUCUAGACCCACAGACAGUUGAUCUGUGAUCUGUCCCUUGUUUAUGUGAGUGGUUUGUGUUGUAUGUUG